GGUGAUAAAUCAUCACCUGCGGAUAUUCCAAAGACCUUUCGUUAUGGAUCAUUCGCAACGAUUAGAGAAAAAUCUUUCGCGAAAUGGUAUGUCAAUGGCAAAGACUACUUUUAUGCCGUUUCGGAGGCCAUCUCUAAUGCUGAAAAGGAAAUCUUCAUCGAAGAUUGGUGGCUUUCUCCUGAAUUGGUUAGUUUAAUUGUUGAUUUUUUAUAUAAUAAAAAAAAAAGUUAUAAUCUCGAUUCAUUCGGAGUUUUACAAUGCGAUUGA